UGCUAAAGAAGAGCUGAUGACGUAUAAGAUCAUGGUCACCACCCUGUUUACUGCCGGAAGAUUCGUCUCAGGUGACAUUCCAGCAGAACAUUUCACUCAUGUGUUUAUUGAUGAGGCUGGACAUGCUGUGGAGACUGAGUGUAUAAUACCAUUGGCAGGGCUGCUCGAUGCAACGGCUGGUCAGGUUGUUCUGGCUGGAGACCCCAAGCAGCUUGGCCCCAUUCUUAGAUCUCCUUAUGCUCUGAAAUACGGCAUGGGUAAGUACAGACGUAAGAACACUUAUGUUGCCUUGCGCACAAAUCUACUGUAAUACAGAGAAAUAAGGCUACAUAGUAUUUUUCCUCCUCCCACAGUCCAAGGACGUGCGUGUUUUUGGGGAUUCUGAAUUGGCCACAAGGUGCUGAGAAAGAGUAUUCCAGAUGUGACAUUUGUUUUGAGUGUGUUGAUGGAGAAGUACAGAAAAGGUCAGAAGAUGUUGCACUGUGUCUUUGUGGAUCUAAAGAAAGCAGAUGAUAGAGUGCCAACAAAGGAGCUGUGGUACUGCAUGAAGAAGUCAAGAGUGGCAGAGAAAUAUGUGAGAGUGGUGCAUGAGGACAGCGAGACAGUGGUGAGGUGUGGAGUAAAGGGUGUGGGAUUACAUCAGGGAUUUGCUCUGAUCUCCUUCUUGCUUGCUGAGCUUGACAUAUUAAAAUUUUCUUUGAGAGUGACCAGAAUAAACGGGAUUAGAAAUGAGUACAUCAGAGGGACAGCUUAGGUUGAGCAGUUUGGAGACAGAGUUAAAGAGACAAGGCUGAGAUGGUUUGGACAUGUGCAGAGGAGGGAAAGUAGAUAUGCUGGACACAAGAUGUUGAAUGUGGACUGAACGGGCAAAAAGAAAAGAGGAAGGCCACAAAGAAGAUUCAUGGAUGUAGUGAGAUGGAGGCAGAUGAGCUACUGUGGCGACCCCUGGAU